UUCCUGUUACUUUCCAGCGGGGAGGACAGUUCCGGGGAGGGCCCUGCCCACGCCCGGUGCAUAAAGGCCCAGCCCAAGCGGCCGCCACCACCCGCAGCCAGCCCAGACGCCGUCCGUUCCGCGCCACCAUGAGAGGCGCCCACCGCCGCCUCCUGCUCCUGAUGUGCAUCCCACUGAGCCUGUCAGGAGCCCAAACCCAGAAGACUGUAGUCUGUCCCCGCUGGCGGUGCCCUAAGAACUCAGUUUGUGUGGAUAAGAGCAACUGUCAGUGCAUGCCAGGCUUCACCUCAAGUGGCACAAAUGGUCACGGGCUCAUCACGAGUCUCCUACAGACCUGUGAAGACGUCAACGAGUGUUUGCUACCUGGUAUGUCAACAAUCUGUGGCUCCUUCGCCACGUGUCAGAACUCAGAGGGUAGCUACCACUGCACAUGCAACCUGGGAUAUAAGCUCCGUUCUGGGGAGACAUCUUUUGCUAACAAGAGUGAGAACACCUGUGAAGUGUCUGUCCUCUUCCCAGCAUCAGUGGACACUGGGGUGACACCCGCGCCCUCCGGGAGCCACACAGUUACUGCUGCGCCUGGAAGUCUCCCUAAGCAGCCAGCAACAGUACACCCACGGACCCAGCCUGGAGACCCAAGAGAAAAGACACCCAAGGAUGUAAAUGAAUGCGCUUCCGGGCAAAACCGUUGCCACCCAUCUACCCAUUGCAUCAACAAGUUGGGCAACUAUUCUUGCAACUGUCGUCACGGCUGGAAACCUGUUCUUGGAUCCCCCAAUGGCCCAAUCAACACAGUGUGUGAAGAUAUCGAUGAGUGCAGCACCGGGCAGCAUCAGUGCCACAACUCCACCGUCUGCAAUAACACCCAAGGCUCCUACAAGUGCCGCUGCCGCCCAGGUUGGAAGCCAAUCUCUAGGUUGCCCAGUGACCCAAAGAGCAUCAGGUGCCAAGAACCAUUCCCUGCCUGGACACUGCUGCCCACAGCCCAGAGCCGGAGUCUCUCUCACUUCUCUGUUGAAGUCCAGAAUCUGCUCAGGGACUUCGAUCCAGCCACAGCCAACUAUACCAUCCAGAAACUCAUUGAGGCCAUGGACAAGCUGCUGGAAGCCCCCACGGAUAUAGAUACUCUAAACGCCACUGACCGCCACCUAGUGGCCACCCUGUUGCUCAAGUAUAUGGAACAAAGCCUUCGAAUGUUGGCCCAGUUCUUACCCAAAGGUCCCUUCUCCUACACGUCCCCUUCAAACACUGAACUGUCCCUGAUGAUCAAGGAACAAGACAACAAAGAUAUCACCACAGUGUACCAAAGCCAAGCUUGGAUGAAACUGGACUGGGCUUUGACAGCUGGAGCUGAACGCUCAGAAAAUGGCUACUCCUUGGCAGGCAUCCUGUCCAGUCCAAACAUGCAGAAGCUGCUGGCCAAUGCCUCCAUGGACCUGACCCAGAGUCAGGAUCUACUAGAGGAGCGCUACGAAAGCCCAGUUCUGAAUGUGUCACUCACGCUCCUCUCAAACGUCAGCUCCAUUUUCCUGACCAACACGGACACUGGGAAGCUCACCUCGAACGUCACUUUCAAAUUCUCCUAUUCUUCUGUGGAGUCAAAGCGGCCCCGUGAACAGCUGAUAUGUGCCUUUUGGGACACUGGUGACAAUGGGAGUGGGCGCUGGGCCACUGAUGGCUGCUCAAUGAAUGACACUGGUUUCUGCCAGUGCAACCAUCUGAGCAGCUUCGCCAUCCUAAUGGCCCAGUACCACGUGCAGGACCCGAGAUUGGAGUUGAUCACCAAGGUGGGGCUGUCCCUCUCCCUCAUCUGCCUGCUGCUGUGUAUCCUGACCUUCCUGCUGGUGAAGCCCAUCCAGAGCUCCCGGACCAUGGUGCACCUGCACCUGUGCAUCUGCCUUUUCCUGGGCUCUCUCAUAUUCCUGGUUGGCGUCGAGAAUGAAGGGGGUGAGGUGAGCCCGCGCUGCCGCCUGGUGGCAAUGCUGCUGCACUACCUCUUCCUGGCGGCCUUCUGCUGGAUGGCCCUGGAAGGCGUGGAGCUCUACUUCCUCGUGGUGCGUGUGUUCCAGGGCCAAGGCCUGAGCAUACAGUGGCGCUGCCUGAUAGGCUAUGGGGUGCCCCUCCUCAUCGUGGCCAUCUCAGCGGCUGCCAAAUUGGAUGGCUAUGGACAGCAAACAUACUGCUGGUUAAACUAUAAGGACGGCUUUCUCUGGAGCUUUGUGGGACCCCUGGCCUUCAUCAUUUUUUGUAACUCCGCCAUUUUCCUCAUCACUGUCUGGAAGCUCACAGCAAAGUUUUCUGAAAUCAACCCAAACAUGAAGAAAUUAAGGAAGGCAAGGGUGCUGACCAUCACAGCCAUUGCCCAACUCGUCGUGCUGGGUAGUACCUGGGUCUUCGGCCUGUUCCUCUUCGACCCCCACAGCAGAUGGCUGUCCUACAUCUUCACCCUGCUCAACUGCCUACAAGGCCUCUUCCUCUUCCUGAUGCUUUGCCUGCUCAACAAGAAGGUGAGGGAAGAGUACCGAAAGUGGGCCUGCAUGCUUGCCGGCAACAAGUACUCGGAGUUCAGCUCUUCCACAGCAGGCACGGGCACCAGCCAGAGCCAAACACGGUCUCUCAGGGCCUCAGAAUCAGGGAUGUGAAGGCAAGUUCCAGCCGGGUCACCAGCACAUGCUCGAAGCUGUCACUCUCCUGCCUUCUGCUGCUGCCAUCUUCCCAGCUUUGGCCCCAUUUCUGAUAAAGAAGGGAUGUACACUGGGCAGCGAGUGGGGACGGGGCCACGGGUCCUGCUUCUGGUUGCUUCUUUGCCCCAUCACAGCUACCGCCUACCACAGAAACAGAAUCCAGCCAGCACAGACCUGCAGCCCACUGCCGUGGUACAUGAAGCAGGCAGUCCUGGGGAUAGAGUGCAGGUCCCUUGGCCUGG